UGUAUCUACACUAAGGUAGGUACCUACUUAUGUACUACCUAGGUUACAUAUGUAGUAGUUACUAGGUAUACCGCGAUCUGCACACUUCAAUUACUUUACAACAUUUGAACUCUCAACUGAACACUUCAAGGUUCCCUUUAAACACACAUCAAGUUGAGCUCGAUGUAGUUAUACCAUUCAUUCGUUUCGUAUUUUAAUUCAACAGACUUGAGCAGCUAUGCCGCGUCUACUCUCUGCGGCGCUCGUCCUGCGGCGCGAUCCUCGACUACAGAAGCUCCCACCGUACUUGUCUCUUCUCUGCAUUAUUGUCGGCGUUGUUUGGCUAUUAAUGCUACCUCUCGAUCAAUACUCCCGCCGUACAUAUAUUAGCGAGAAUGCGCUCCUGCCCGGUCAGGUCCACACAUAUUUUGGCGGAAGCGAUCAGAAUGUCUUCCGCGCUUAUAGGCAUGAGAUCGAUGCGCUACAGAAUAAGACGAAUAUCGAGGUGAACGACGAGCUCGAGAAGAUCUUCAAGGGUGUCGGUCUUAAGGUUGGCCGCCAAAAUUACACGUAUCACUCUUCCGGCCACACAUACGCCGGCGAAAACGUCUAUGCGAUCCUACAAGCUCCCCGCGGCGACGCUACCGAAGCUAUUGUACUCAUCGCCGCGUGGAAGAACGUUAAGGACGAAUUCAACCGCAAUGGUUUGGCUUUGGCUCUGGCCUUAACCCGGUACUUUAAGCGGUGGUCGCUGUGGUCCAAAGACAUCAUUCUCGUGGUCCCACACGAUAGCCGGGCUGGCCCGCAGGCGUGGGUCGAUGCCUACCACGAUGCCCACGACCCAUCUCAGGUAGCCCCGCUGCCCAUCAAAUCCGGUGCCUUGCAAGGCGCCCUCGCGCUCGACUACACGCAGGACAGCCGCUUCGACUCGGUACACAUUGUCUACGACGGCGUCAACGGACAACUGCCCAACCUCGACCUGAUCAACUCGGUCGUUAGCAUCGCUAGCGGCCAGAUGGGCAUAGGGUCCGUGCUGCAGAACAAGCACCAACACUCCCAAAAGUACGACGACAACCUUGAGACCGUGCUCCGCGGCAUGCUGUCCCAGGCUUUGGGACACGCUUCCGGUCCACAUAGCGCGUUCAUCCCGUAUCACGUCGACGCAAUCACCCUGCAGCCUGUGGGCAAUACCUGGCACGACGAGAUGCAGUUGGGACGGCUGGUGGAAGGCCUGUUCCGAAGUUUAAAUAACUUACUCGAGAAGCUGCAUCAGAGCUUCUUCUUCUAUUUGCUGAUCCACAAGCACCGAUUUGUGAGCAUCGGCACGUAUCUGCCGAGUGCGAUGCUGAUCGCGGCCAAUUUCACCAUCAUGGCGAUCUCUCUAUGGGUUAAGAGCGGAUAUAGAAAGGUUGACCCUGCUGCUGAGGGCACGGAGGCUGAGCUUAAGAAAGCGGAUGGAGAGGUAAAGGGGGCUGCUCAGGGAGGGGAGGCGGCGAAAGAGGUGGUGAGACCAGCCUCGGUGGCUGUUGAGCGAGAUGUACUUCUUCCCCUGUGCUUUGUGGCGGGUGCUCAGUUCUUAGGCGUUGUGCCCCUUUUCGUGUUCAAUACGGCGCCGUCUGGUCUACUCACCCCAAUCUUCGCCAUCUUCACCCUUCUCAACGCGGCUCUCCCGCACCUCGUCUCUUACCUCCUAACCAACACCGGCAACGCAAGCGGGAUUUUCAAGUCCCCCACGGCCCAGCAGUACAACCUCAUCAAAUCCUUCUCCCUCCUUCUGCUCGGCAUGUUCCUCUCCACCCUCGCCACCCUCAACUUCUCCCUCUCCUUCCUCAUCGGCCUCCUCUCCUCCCCCUUAACCUUCUCCCAGCCCUGGUCCGCCACCGUCGCCAGGUACGCCCACUCGGGACUCCUGCACGUGCUGAGUCCGCCCGUCGUGGUGCUCGCGGGCUGUCUGCUCGCGGGCGUCGGGGUCGAGACCGUGCUCGCGGAGGCCGCGUUCGGCUGGAGCGUCUGGGGCCUGUAUACCCCGCUCAUCGUGUGGUGCGUCUGGUGGCCUGCGUGGUUUGUCGGCCAGGUCAUUGUGCUGGGACGGCCGGUUAGCGAUGGGGAAGGGAAGGAGAAGAAGGCGUGAAUUUUUUGGUUUUAGUCUUAUUUUUUUUUAGUUCCUUUUCAUCCGAUGUUUCUGGCAUGGCUUGGUUCUCUGGGAAUGGGGAGAGAUGGGAAUUAGGAAGGGAGCGGGUGUACUAGCAUCCAGUAUGUGUAUGUGUCUUGCCUCAUGCAUUACUCAUAUUAUUUAGUCAGGUAGGUGGGUAAAUACUUGCCUAGGUACCUACAUAUGACACGAUAGAGCGAUAGAGCAGCGAGGUUUUGUCCUUGCUUCGAUCACGAUAGCACCUAGAUAGGAGAGAACGAAACUCGGAAGAAAAUUACCCAACUACCUAAGGUUAGGUGCCUACCUACUGUACUCGUGCGCACUCGCUUCCAACCUUCAAGGUAAAGCAUUCAGGUACCUACCUCAACUCAAGUAAGGAAGAAAAAGG